AUGUCUAAGAAUGAUGACAGUGAUCAAAAUUCGUCUGCCACGAGUGACAGCAAUGAGAAAGGUUUGGGUAAACUGACCCAGGAAGUAAAGCGGUGGUGGGAAGAUGAUUAUUUAAAGAAAUCACAAUCCAGUAGUGCAGCAACAUCGAGUGAUCGAGAUUCAGAGCAAAACUUGGCCCUCCGGCAAAUAUUAAACCUUCAAGAGCAUACACAAUCUAUCAGUACAGGAAGAUGGAGUGGACUAGAUUUAGAGCACAAUAUGGCCUUCCGACAAAUGGUCAAUCUGCAUAAGGAAGCACAAACCAGCAGCACAGGAAGUUGGAAUGGACGCGCCUCAAAGAGAGUACUGUGUAACAUAUGUCUUAAAACAUUUUGUGACAAAGGUGCCUUAAAGAUACAUAUCUCCGCUGUUCAUUUGCGGGUGAUGCACAAAUGCACAGUUGAAGGAUGCAGUAUGACGUUCAGUUCGAAGAGAUCAAGGAAUAGACACAGUGCAAAUCCUAACCCCAAGCUACAUUCAACACAUUUAAAGAGAAAAAUCCUUCCUCACCAUGGUAGUUUCCCAAGCUUCAACCAGUAUUAUUUUAAUCACACCGCUCUAGUCUAA